AUGCAAAACGAGUGGUUAGACAUAGGAGAUUUUUGCAUCCCAUUAGCAUUAAAAUGGCGCACUUUAAUUUAUGAUUGGUCGCCAGCAUUGCUAAAAUUCUAUCUCAAUGCGUUCCAGAUGACUCUCCCAGAUCAGAGUAAUUUAGUAAGAUGGGGUAAAAGUACCGAAAAAACUUGCUAUAUCUGUGGAAAGGCAGUUGGAACUGCUAAGCACCUGCUGGUGGGAUGUAAGGUACUCCUUGACAGCGGUCAAUACUCGCGUCGUCACGAUAGGGUUCUAGAAGUCAUACGUGAAGCGGUUAGUCUUUCGGUAGCCAGAGCGCAAAAGGGAAUAACCACAAACGAACGAUCAGUAGGUUUUGUGAGAGAAGGCUCUAGGGCUACAAAAUCAAACGUCAAGCCUUACUCCAUCCUUAAAGCGGCGUCGGAUUGGACUAUAAUGAUGGACACGUAUGAAAAACAAUAUAAAAUCCCCGAGGAUAUUUGUGCGUCGGCCUCCAGACCGGAUAUAUUUUUGUUUUCGCGAAUUUUAAAGCGCGUAGUGAUGAUAGAGCUUACGGUCCCUUGGGAAACCAACAUCCCCAAAGACCAUACCAUCAAGGUCAACAAAUAUUACGAGCUCACAAACGAACUCACUCGAAAUAGGUUCGUAGUAGAUUUGUACGCGGUAGAGGUGGGAGCGAGAGGUAUAACAGCGAAAUCUCUCUAUAACCUACUAAAGGACCUGGGCUUGUCCAGAACUCACAUUAAUGCAUUCUUGGAACGUACAUCGAAGGCAGCCCUAGUAGGUUCUUUUCAAAUUUGGUUAGGUAGGGAGAGGAGCUUGGACAGUGGAGGUGAGCGUAUAACGCGCGUUAGUUAA